AUGGGAAAGACGUAUUUCACUAAACAGACUCGAAAUAUCCUCCUGGUGGUAAUAGGAGUUGUCAUAUCAGUAAUACUAGUUGCCGUAGUGAUAGCCGUGUCACUUUCUUCCAGUUCGGAUGAAGAAAGCAAAAUUGAAGAUACGUUGGAAUAUGCCAAGGAGAUUAUGAGAAGAGUUCCGCUUGUUGAUGGACAUAACGAUUUACCACUUCAAAUUCGAUCUCAUUGGAGGAACCAGUUUACCGACUUCAGCUUGUAUGAUGACCUUCCCACACAUACCGAUAUACCUAGACUUUUGGAAGGAUUGGUAGGUGGACAGCAAUGUGACUUAGAUGAUUGUCACUGUGACUUAGAUGAUCGUUACUGUGACCUAGACAGUCAGCAAUGUGACCUAGAAAGUCAGCAAUGUGACUUAGAUGAUUGUCACUGUGACUUAGAUGAUCGUCACUGUGACCUAGAAAGUAUUCUGGAUGCUCACUCUGCUGGUAAGAUUGGAAGUAUGAUAGGAAUGGAAGGAGGUCAUAGCAUUGACAGUAGUUUAGCAUCUCUAAGAUUGAUGUAUGACGCUGGGGCUCGAUACAUGACUUUGACACAUAGUUGUAACACACCAUG